UACAUCAGUGGGCGGAGGCGUAAGGGUGAGCCAGUUGUGCCCAUCUGUUGCUGCUGACGUCACAGCCACCAUCACGCUGUUAAAUGACUGUGGUGUUCCCGGAGACGUGUGUUAUUCAGAAAACAUAUAAGAAAUAAAUGUUUGUGAAGGCAGAACUUUGUGUAGAUAAUAGUCAGUGAAAUAUAGAUUAGUCAGUGAAAAUUACAGUAUAGUUCACAUCUCAAAGUCUUAAGACGAGGAAGAGUAUUUCACCACACAUCAUAGACAGGUGAGGUGAAGGAGACUCAGACACACACCUUCACUACAGACCAGUAGUCAGGAUGGCCAUGCUGGAGGAGGGUUGUGUGGGGUCAGGUGUGGAAUGUGACCUGACAGACUCCACCCUGGAGGCCACUGUGGAGGACCCCUCGACUAAUCUCUCCUGGAUUAACAACUCGCUCCUCGCCGUCACCACAGAGCUGCCCUACAUACCCAUGCAAGAGCGGCCAGAGACCUACAUUGUGCCCAUAGUGUUCUUCAUAAUCUUCGUGGUGGGCGUGGCGGGUAAUGGCACGCUGGUGUUCAUGUUCAUCAAGUACCCCACCAUGCGUAACGUGCCCAACACUUACAUCCUCUCCUUGGCUCUGGGCGACCUCCUGGUGGUGAUCUUCGCUGUGCCUUUCGUUUCCCUCAUCUACGUCACUGAUCACUGGCCCUUCGGGGAGUUCAUAUGCCGGCUUUCAGAGUUCAUGCGGGACAUCUCAGUGGGCGUGACCGUGUUCACGCUGACGGCUCUCAGCGCUGACCGCUAUAUGGCCAUCGUGGACCCCGUGGGUAAGCGUGCAGGGGCAGUGGCCCACCGCAGCACUGUGGCCGUCACCGUCAUGAUUUGGGUGUUGGCAGCGAUCCUGGCGACCCCCGCUGGCGUGUUCUCCCACCUGAGUGUCAAGGACUCCUCCAAGGGAGAUAUCGUGGUGUGUUACCCCUUCCCUCCUUGGCUGGGAAUGUCCUACCGCAAGAUCAACGUCCUCGCUAAGGUGACCGUGUACUACGUUCUUCCGCUCCUCAUCAUCUCCACCUUCUACCUCCUUAUGGCGCGCCAUCUGGUGAAGGCAGCGGAGCCCCUCCCUGGCGAAGCCCAGCACCAGCGUCAUCACAUCAAGCACGUCGCCGCCCGCAGGAAGGUGGCUAAGCUAGUGCUGGCCUUCGUCGUCAUCUUCGCCAUCUGCUACUUCCCCAAUCACGUCUUUCUGCUGUGGUUCUACUUCAACCCCAACAUGAAGGAAGACUACAACUACUUCUGGAACGCCUUCCGCUGCGUCGGCUUCUGCCUCGGCUUCAUCAACUCCUGCAUCAACCCCAUCGCCCUGUACUGCAUCAGCGGAACAUUUAGGAAGAACUUCAACCGCCAUCUCUUCUGCUGUAUAUGCCCCGAGGCUACCCAGGGCCGCACCUGGACCACCUUCCACUUCCACUCGUCUGGACAACACUUCAUCUCCACGGUCAGGAAGACUGAAAACUUCGACAUGUCCACCAUGAACGGCCCAGAGAAGACGGCUGUGUAAUGUGUGUGGGUGUGUGUGUGUAGGAUAAGUGGAUAUGAGUAUCUGUAUACAUAAAAUGACUUCACUUAUGCCACAAGUAUUGCGUACUUCUAGAUGUACUAUACGUUAAUAAAGCAAACACUUGUGGUAGCAGGAGACGGUGGUGAGGAUGGUGUUGUAAAUUAUUCUCUAACUCACAGAUGUAUGAAAGUAUGGAUGUGUUUCUGUAAUAUAUAUAAAUGGGUGUGUGUGUGUGUGUGUGUGUGUGUGUGUGAGUUUUUGAAUACACAUACAAAAUUCACUAUAAGUUAAUGUAGCUUAUAGGGGACGAUUGACAUAUAGGUUGUACAAUAUUAAGUGAUUUAGAGGUCUAGUACAGGCAGUAGUGACACAUUGUGCCCACAGGCAGUUACCAUCACAACCUGCCAUCCUCAGUGCCGGAGAUUGGAAGGUUUUACCCCACUCACUCAACUGCUGUACACUUAAUGCUAGUCCCUAGGGUGAAUAUUUUAACCCCAGAAGCUUGAGUCCCUUGGGUAGGUUUUCUCUUCGUAUUGUUUCAUUUUGUUUUUUUCAUUUUAGGAUUUUUUUCAAUUAUUUUUGUUUUCACUGUUUUUCGUUUUACUACAUUCCAGUUUCUUCAUUCCACUUCAUUUCUAUUUAUUUCAGUUCAUUUCACUUUUUCGUUUCAUUUCAGUUUCUUUUAAUACGUAGGACUAUUUCUUGAUGACCAAUUUUACGUGUUAGUUUCAGUGCUUUUCCAGACGUCCCUUAUCGAGUGAGUGACGACAGUAGUGAGGGACGCUCCAUGUCUUUAUUUAGAUUUUUUUUUUAGAAAGACAAAAAGAAACAAUAACAAUAACAACAACAACAGCCAUACCAACAUCAUUAUCAACAACAACAACAACAAAAUCAACAACAAAAGACAAUUAUUCUAGACUUAUUCAGUAAUUCUUUUUACUUUUCUCAAGAACCUGAGAUAAAUACACUGAAAUAUAAACUUGAAUUGGGACUAUUACUUUUUACCGCCGAAAUACUUUGGUGUUGGUUGAUGGAACAGCGGCCAGCAACGUCUGACAACAAGACACUUGCCUGAACGUUUGUAAGAGUUAAGCUUUGUGUGUGUGUGUGUGUGUGUGUGUGUGUGUGUGUGUGUGUGUGUGUGUGUGUGUGUGUGUGUGAGCUUUAUAAGAUGUAUAAGUUAUAAGAAACAAGAUGAAUUAUGUUACUAUAAAAUUUCUACUGAGUGUCAAUGAGUUAGGUUGAUGAGGUACUGUAUGUGGUUUUGUCUUACACACACACACACACACACACACACACACACACACACACACACAGAGAACUGGAAUUUGCAUCUAUAUAAGUGUUUGUUUUAUAUUACCUGAGUGUCAAGACCUACACAUCUGUCACAACUUGUAUAUAUUAUUUGGUCUGUUUGAGUAAGCGUUGACAAACUAACGUGUUCUUAGUAAUCAUAAAUGAUGCACUAAUGUACAGUAUUAAAAUAUAUCUGUAAAUCUCUGUGGAUAAUAUUCUUCUUCUUCUUCUUCAAAAAAAAAAAAUGAGCAUCAAUCUGUGGGACAGCGAGAGAUUCGAGUGGGCUAAAUCUCUUUGUUAAAUCUUCUUUGAUCCUCAACCUUAGACAGAUAAAAUCCCUUUACCCUCGCUGGUCCAUCGGGCGGUCCUGUACCCUUUACUGUAACCAAUGCGUCUCACUCCAUCCCAGCCUGUAGAGGUGAACCGAUAUCCUGAUGCUCUUUUUUUUUUUACUGAGAUAUGUUGAGUCGUCUCUAGAUGACCGUAAAUGGUGGGUGUUUUAUGUAAUUUUUUAAAUGUUGCUUGUACAGGUAUGUGUUCCUUGAUGGGUGGGGCAUGUGUCAGGUGUGUUCCUUGAUAGGUGGUCUUGUGUCAGGUGUGUCCCUUGAUGGGUGGUUUUGUGUCAGGUGUGUUCCUUGAUGGUUGGUCAUGUGU